AUGCCGCGUAAACGCAAAGCGUCAACUCCAUCCCCAGAGUCCGAGCUAGAAGGUGCUGCCACCGAAGAAGCAUCUACACCAAACAAAGCCAAGCCAGAGGACUCCGCCAGCCCCGACAUGAAGACCAACUCCUUCGAGCCCUACCCAGCAUCUAAAGCCUACCGGCUGAUCGAACCAGGCCCUGUUCUCCUCGUCUCGACCGGAUCACUAGCAUUAUCAACGCACAAUAUCAUGACCAUCGGCUUCCACAUGAUGCUGCAACACGACUCGCCCGCCCUGAUCGGCGCAUGCAUUGGGCCGUGGGACACAAGCUUCACCGCGCUGAAACAGCACGGGGAAUGCGUGCUCGCCAUUCCGGACGUCCGCAUCGCCGAGACAGUCGUCGAUAUCGGGAACUGCUCUGGCGAUGACGUCGACAAGUGGACGACUUUCGGACUCCCCGCGGUCCCCGCGGAGAUGGUGCAGGCGCCACUUGUGGGCGGACCGAGCAUCGUUGCCAAUCUCGAGUGUGUCGUUGUCGACCGGAAAAUGGUGUCCAAGUACAAUUUGUGGGUACUCGAGGUGGUGCGGGUGUGGUUGAAUCCUGCGUUGGACGACCGCGCAAGGACGUUCCAUCAUCGCGGUGACGGGACCUUUGUAGUUGAUGGGGAGGUGUUGGAUUUGCGGGAGAGAAUGGUCAAGUGGAAAGAGUUUCAGGAUUGA